CAUGCCUUGGAAAGGGUAUGUCCUUACUGCUUCCAGUUCCUGGUUCCUGACAGCUACCGAGUGCGUCUCAAACCGAAGAUGAAAGUGACUCCACAGAUAGAGAAAGUUCUUAAACGAGAGGUGAAGAACCUUAAGCUUAACAUGAAACAGACAAAGCUUCUGAAAAAGUACAGGGAGUCCAGAAGUGUUCUGCUGGUUACGUGCAACUCAUGCAACAAAACAAUGAGACAUUAUGGUAAAAGCAGGGAUUUCCUGGACGCCAAUACACAGAAUUCCGGCACUCCGAGUGUUAAAUCCAGCCUGAAGACACCAGAUGUAAAAAUUCCAUCUGCAAAGAAAAUGACACCUGCAAGCUGCAGUAGGUUGGGAUCUAAAGGGAACAGUCCCUCAUCACUUCCCAGAACACGUCGAUCUGGACAGGCGACACCCAACUCUGCUUCCAAGGCUCCCCGAAGAAGUUCUCACUUUUCUAAGCUAAAAUGGAUGCUCGAGCUAGAAGAACAAGAGAAGAGCCAGCAGGCAGAUUUCAAAACCUUCUUGACUUUACUUUAGUUAUACAUUAUUUCAAAGUAAUAAAGAUCACAGCAAUAAAUACUGUUCCA